AUGAGCCGGACUGAGCAGCGUUUAAGUGCGGAGGAUGACUCCCCCUCCCGAAGAGAGAUCCUCAAGCCUUUUAUUCAGUCCUCCGUGUCUGCCCUUGGUGGAUUCCAGCAAACGCCAGUCGGUCGCGUUUACGAGAUGGGCGAUUCGUGUUUGGGGUGCUUGAAAGACCUGAAGAAGUUUUGGCGUAAAGACGAUACGGACGACGAAAGGACUGUUGCGCGCAUCUUCUGGGAAACGAGAGUUCUUCCGGAUGACCUCGUCAAUAUCGUACUGACAACGGCAGGCAAAGGAAUGGUAGAGGAUAAACGUGCUAUUGCAUGCGCUGACUUAAUCACAGCGAUGACAUGGCCGAUUGACAUUGGUGAAGAGCUCCAGGAGCUUGACGAUGAGCUGGAUGCCGGGACUGAUUAUACAACCUUGCUGAGAGCUCAGCUCUCCUACAAAGCUUCGCUACUGAAACCCAAUGUGUUGAAGUCGCUAAUGGACAUCAUGGCAGGGCCCAUGAACAAGCCGAAACGCGACCGCACCGGACGGGAUGGACAGGUCAUCAACGUUAUUCUUCACUUGUUUCGCAACCUUGCCUUCAUUAAAGACUUGCCAGCGAAUGCCCAUGCGUCUUCUGACCAAGCGGAGUAUUCUUCACUUCAGAACAAUUUCAUAUCUGUGCUUCAGGAAAUCAAAGCCCUUGAGCUCUUCUUGUUCCUUGCCGCAAACGCGAGGGAUCCUGUUUUUAACCCCUAUAAUGCUCUGGUUUUGGAGAUCUUCUAUCUUCUCUUCAGAGGGGUCGCUCCCGAUGACAUCAUAAAAGAUCCAAUGAAAGUACCUAAUCAAAAACUGAGCAACCUUCUGCAGCUGGAACAGAGAAACCGCUCAGACGAGUUGCGGGGCAUUUCGUCCCGACAUAGUCGCUUCGGUACUACUGUCGCGAUUAACAGCGGGAAAGACACAUUUGUUAUGCACAAACAAAAAAGUUUAUUCUCCGACACCACAUCAGUGAUGGACAUGAGUAAGAAAAAAAUUAAGCACAAGACGAAGAAACUAGAUGAAUUGGCCAGCUUUGACGAGCUCAGUUCGAAGGCUCUGUCUAUCCUCAGAUCCACCGCAAUUUCAUUUCUCGAGAGCUGUUUCGAAGCUUUCUUCUCGUCCUUAUUGAGAGACAUCAAAGCUGAACGCCCCAAAAUCACAGAACAUGAUAAUAUCCGCCUUCUUCGAGUAGUCAAUUGGUUCAUUGAGUACUUUGUCGGCCUCAAGAAAAGAGAGCUUGCAAACGCUUCAGCGCCUCUAAACUACGAGGAGUGCCAGUGGAGAUUCGAAAUGGUGGGCGAAAUUGCUGAGCGUGGUUGGAUAGGCUACAUCCUAAAGCGAAUUCGCCUAUCUAUGGACGAUCGGCCAAAACAGUGGACAGAGCUCCGAGCAGGAAUGGAUUGUUUAUCGAUAAUCCUUUCCUUAUUGGACAUCAUGGGGCAUUCAUCAUCUCCUGGUUUCAUAAUAGAAUCCUCCUCGCUUCUACAGCACCAAAUGUAUUAUAGUGGCGAGAUUUUGGACAUAUCUUUGGAAUGUCUUCGCCAGUACAAGGAACAAAGUGUAGCGUACCUUGACUCAGCCGUAAACUUUUCUUACGUCUUGCUGCGUAUGCUCGAGAAAUGGGCCAAGAACCAAGGUCAGAUGAUUGUGCGUAAAGCAGUUAAAGUACGGAGAAAAAAGUCGACCAAUGAGGAAAAUGAGCCAGUUGACACAGUCUCUGAUGAAGAGGUGACGUCAAAACCUGCAUUUAACGAACAUUUGCUCACCUUCGAGCAAUAUGAGAAUCGCUUCGCCCAAGAGGAUAUCACGAGGGCAUGCCUUGCAUAUCUUGAUCGCUGGAAAGAAUUCGACGACUCCGAUAAAGUGAAGCGUGUGGUCAGCCUUUUGCAUCGCCAAGCAGUCAAGACUAAGGCCGAAGGAUUGUUCUUUAAAGUCAGCACCCUAGAGCUCUUCAACCGGAUUCUCGCUCAUCAAAAAGACCUUCCCCGGGACACUCCCUAUAAAGAUCUUAUCCAGUUGGUCAACUUCAUCCUAAGGAAAUUCUUCAAGAAAAUGGAGGAGCAACCGCUACUACUGAUAGAGGCUUUCUUCCCGAAGAACCGAGGGGCAUGGAAGCACUUUUCCACCUGGCAACCCGCGGUCGGACAGUCUGCUGGGGCUGAAAAGGCCAAGGGAAAGAGACGUCCAGCAGAUGUCGACAUAAAAAAGGGCUGGACAGACUCCGAGAAACUGGGAAUUGUCGUCAUGUGCCUCGUUGAGGACGGUCGGAUGGAUUUAAUCGAUUGGGUUCGAUCGUCUUUGAUGACAGUUCUCGGUAUUCGGUUGGCAAUUGUGAAUGAAACAGAUGGGCUGGCAAGGCGCGAUGAAGAUGACGUUUCCAGUGAAGCACGGAGGGCCGCUGCGUUGGAAAAGUUUGAAGAUUUUCCCGUGGCGUACAUCAAGGAGGAACAGGCAGCUGCGGCGACAAAUGACCCUCAACUCAAGCUGCUUCUCCGGCUAAUCGACUGCCAGUUGGAAAGUCCUGAAGCGGAAGAGUUCCAGUGGUAUUUCCCCGCAGCCAUAACUCCUGACGAGCUCCAGCACCACCUAGACAUUAUUUCCAAGUAUCUCGAAACCCCACUCGACCUUGGAGGAAGGAAGGCAUCAGAGAUGCUCCGGAAAAAACGACCUACACGCACCAGACGAUUGCCUUCGGACAACGAACUUGCACACAAGAUGCGCCGGAUUAGGCGCAAAAAGCAACAAAUGGAUUACAAGUCUGCGGAGAUGAUUUAUGAUAGUGACGCUGAGUUAGGGGAUGAUGAAGCCUUCUAUCAGAGAGAAGCAGAACUUCGCCAGAUGACCCAAAUGACUAUGGAGGAACAAGACAAGAGUAAACUGCCCCCACCCACCAUGGAAAGCAGCCAGCUAAAGCGCAAACGAAAUCCUCCCGGAGAGAGUUCACUGGUUCGUACGGGCGCUGAGCUAUCUGGAGUCUUUCCGAGAAAGAAAAGACGGGGCGGUAAACGGAAAGACAAGAGUGUGGAUAGGGAUGAGGAUGGGGGUGAAGGAAGCGAUGGAGACAUCCGUGAGCCAACACCUCAGCAGCUCCGUCCCCGACCAAGACCUCGGCCUCGGAUUAGGGCACCACAAUCUUCCGAUCAUCCGCCAUCUCCUACCACCCCUGGUGAUGCGCCCUCGCCCCAAUCGAUGGAAGAAUUGUCGCUGCCUGGUGAUAGUUUCCGCUCUUCUACCGCAGGUUUGUCCACAGACUUGGAUGAAGAGGAUGAUGAUGAGGGGGGGCAAAUUCGUCUGAGCACGCAGUCAGGACCCAGACGGCGACAAAUGAUUUUUUCAGACUCUGAAUAG